AUGUCUGAUAACUAAUUAACUGACUUAUUACUUUAUUAUGCAUAUAUGGAAUAAGAAAUAGAAAUUUUAAGAGAAGUUUUAUGUUCUGAGCCUUAUUUUCAACCUUAUAACUUAUUCAAAUUUAUUGAUUGUAUGAAAGAUGAACCAAAAGUACUUAUUAUAAAUAAAAUAGGGUUAUUUGACUGCUCAAGAUUUAUCUAUUUAUUUAAGUGAUAGAAAGUUUCCAUCUAAUUUACCAACUAAAACAUAUAUAGAGAAUUACAAUUAAAAUAGAGAUUGCAAAUUAGUUUACUCAGAGUAAUUAUGAAAUUUAAUAUAAGAUUUUUGAGAGCAAUUCUACCUAUAUCUAAUCCAGAUUUAAGAGAAAAGAUUACAUAGUAAACACCUUCAGAUUAAAUGACCAUAAGUGAAAGAACUUAAUAUUUAUUUGCAAAAUUAAUGGAAGCGUAUAUAUAUUACUUAUUAAUAUAGUGAAAUAAAACUAACUAUAUAGGCUGAAAAUUACAAAUAAAAAAUAGAUCCAAAUUAUUUUGAUAAAAUUUGUUAUUAGAAUUACAUUUAUCAUUAAGAUUUACAAAGUUACUUCAAAUAAAAAUAAAUAACUACAAAUUCUAUUGAAAUUUAAUAAAUCUUCAAUAGAAUAGAUUUACUAAAUGAUGGAAAGAUAGAUAGAAAUGAAUGGAAUUAAUGGAUAAAUAUUAGGAAAUCUGUAUUAUAAAUUAAUUCUAAUUCAUACAAAUAAUAACAGAAAUUUAAUAGUACAAGAUAUAGUUCAACAAAGAGAAAAUAAUAAGAUUCUACAAUGAGUGAUCUACUAACUUUAUCUAAAUAAGGUUUUUAUUAAUCUACUAAACCUCCUUUGUCUAAUUAUUCAUACAAUACACCUAAAAAAUAUUAAAAAUAGAAAACAGAUAUUAGAGCUUAAAUGCAUUAUUCAUUAAUGUAAAAUAGUAAUUAUUCUUCGAAAUAAGAACUAUCAUCUUAUAAAACAAUGACUCAUAAACCAAUUACUAAUUUUUAUGAAGAUGAUAUUUAAACUUUAAAAAAGACUUAGUCAGUUGCAAAAUAUGAAGCAUUAGAUCCUGUUAAUUAUUAUGUUUAAUUAUAUGUGAAUUUAAUUUAAUUAGUAAAAAAGAUUGAACGUCAAAAGAUUUUAUUGAGUAAUCAUGAUGAUUUUUCAUUAUAUUCAUCAUUUUAAAAAUUGGAUAAAGGUUUUAAAGGAAUGUUGAUAAAGAGUGAUUUGAAUUAAUAUUGUAAGAAUCCAUAAUUGAUAUUGGAUCGUUAUGGAAAAGAUAAUAAGAUGAGAUUUUCAGAAUAUAUUAAAAUGAUUGAACCAAAAGAUCCAUAGGCUGUAGAAAUACUUUUAAAGAAAGAUUAAAAACAUAAGGGUAACAUGUUAACAUAAACAGAAAUAUCUUUAAAAUUAUUAUUUGAAUUAAUUGAGUAAUUUUAAUAGAAAAUAAAUCAAACUAAAGAUUAUUAAAGCAAAUAAUAAUUUGAUAUAAGUGAAAUUUUUUAUAUGUUGGCUUAUGAUAGACAAUAAAUAACUCAUUAAGAUGUAAGACUAUUAAUUUAAUUAGAUUACUGAUUUCUUAUCUGCUAAUCAAUUCAAAACUGUAUCACAAGAUGUCGAUUUAUUGUUGGCUGAAUUAGAUUUUGAUGGUGAUGGAUAGAUAAGUUAUAGGGAUUUUAUUAAAAUUUUUGGAAAAUGA